GUCUAGUAACCAAUGAAAUUACUUGUUUUUAUAGGGUUCUUUAGUAGGCCGCUGACCAGCUCUCCCUGGGGCGCCACGUGGCACAAAGAAGCUUUUGUCGGCGUUUCACGGUUUUAUAAACAAUCUAUUUCCUAUGGUUUCUUAUCCUUUUAUACAAAAUGCACAAUAUGGCCCAUUGGCAGGAGAUUCUACUUAUGCUUGCGGUGCUGAUUGCGCCGAGUUUACAAGUAAAAAAGAAGGAGAACAGAAAUUCUAUUGAAGAGGUGAACGAUGUAAAACCUUUUAAAAAACUCUUGAGGACCAACAAAAAUCUUCUGGUGCUGUUUGCUAAGAGCGAAAAGGAUGCAUCUAAGAAAUUGUCACUUCUUGGUGAGGUUGCCAUGGCAAUAAAGGGAAAGGGUACUGUAGCAUUUAUUAAUUGCGGUGAUAGCAAAAAACUCUGCAAGAAAUUCAAAGUUUCACCCAAGCCCUUGGCACUCAAGCAUUACAAGGAAGGGGAUUUUAACAAAGAUUAUGACCGCCUGGAUACAUUCAAGUCCAUGAUGACAUUUAUGAAUAACCCAACUGGUGAUGCCCCAUGGGAAGAAGAGCCAGGGUCCAGUGAUGUCGUCCAUCUAGAGAAAGCUGGAGAACUCAGCAAACUGCUUACAAGAGAAAAAAAACCUGUUUUGAUUAUGUUCUAUGCACCAUGGUGUGGAUAUUGCAAGAGAUUCAAACCAGAGUUUGCGGCUGCAGCGACAGAACUUAAAGAUGAAGCCGUUUUAGCUGGAAUGGAUGUCGAUACAGAAGAUGGCUAUAGUGUCAGAGUUCAUUACAACAUAACUGGAUUCCCUACAACCAUCUAUUUUGAGCUUGGACAACCAAAGUACAAGUAUUCUGGUAAACAUGAGAAGGACGCUCUUGUGCAGUGGAUGAAAGAUCCAUCUGCAGUUGCUCCUGUAAAAGAGGACGAGAAGCCCUGGAGUGACACACCCAGUGAAGUGGUUCACCUCAGGGAUGACAUGUUUGAUGAUUUUGUAGCAAAAAAUCCAUCUGUGCUGGUCAUGUUCUACGCCCCAUGGUGUGGACACUGCAAGGCCAUGAAACCUGAAUAUGUAGAUGCUGCACAGACUCUAAAGGAGCAAGAGAUCCCUGGAGUUCUUGCUGCUGUGGAUGCCACCAAAGAGGCAGCUCUUGGUAAACGCUUCAAGGUGGAAGGUUACCCAACAGUGAAAUACUUCAAGGAUGGUGAGUUUGCCUUUGACGUAAACGAGAGGAAAGGAGACAGUAUUGUCAACUUCAUGAAAGAUCCUAAAGAACCCCCACGACCUCCGCCACCUGAGCAAGAAUGGAGUGAGAUUCCAAGUGAGGUGUACCACCUCUCAGAUACCACCUUCAAGAGUUUUGUUAAGAAGAAGAAGCACGUUCUUGUCAUGUUCUAUGCACCUUGGUGUGGUCACUGCAAGAAGGCCAAGCCAGAGCUUAUGUCUGCAGCCAAACACCACAAGGAUAAGAAUAAGAUUGCAUAUGCUGCAGUGGAUUGCACAAAGGAGAUGGCUGUGUGCCAGCAGUUUGGAGUAGAGGGCUACCCCACCUUUAGAUACUUCAAUUAUGGGAAAAAUGACUUCAAGUACACUUCUGGGCGAGAGGCCAAAGAUUUUAUCCAGUUUAUGGAUGACCCACGUGAAGGUCCCCCCCCACCACCCCCUGAGCCACAAUGGAGUGAUGAGCCGAGCAAUGUACAACACUUGACUCAAGAUACAUUUGAUGAAGCCCUCAAAACAUUUGAUUCAAUUCUGGUUAUGUUCUAUGCUCCAUGGUGUGGUCACUGUAAGAAAAUGAAACCGCACUUCACUGAGGCUGCAAGUGUGCUGGUGGACAAAAAGAUUGAUGGUGUAUUGGCUGCUGUUGAUUGCACAAAGCAUGGAAAUCUCGCCAAAAAAUAUGGAAUCCAGGGUUUCCCCACAUUAAAAUAUUUCAGGAAAGGCAAGUUUGCUUUUGAUUAUGAAAGAGCCAGAGCAAAGGAUGAUAUUGUGGAUUUCAUGAGAAGUCCUAAAGAGAACAAGCCAGCAGGGACAUCAUCAGAAACUAAAGAAAGGAAGCCUUGGAGUGAAGUGAGCCAUGAUGUUCAUCAUCUUACUGAUGAAACGUAUGAUGACUUUAUCAGCUCGUACCCAUCCGUGCUUGUCAUGUUCUAUGCCCCCUGGUGCCCGCACUGUCAGAAGAUGAAGCCUGUCUUUGAAAAAGCAGCCAAGCAACUUGGAAAAGACGUUAAAGGCGCCCUUGCUGCUGUUGACUGCACCGAAUCCAAGAACACAUGUAACCAGAGAGAUAUCAAGGGCUAUCCUACUUUGCAAUACAUAAGGGAGGGGGAAUUUCAGUUCAAGUACACGGGCAGGAGGACUGCUGAGGCGCUAGUGAGCUUCAUGAAAGAUCCUAAGAAGCCCGCCCCUCCCCCUCCGCCAGCGGACUGGAGCAAGGAUGACAGCAAAGUAGUUUUUUUGACCGACGAGAGUCAUGACGAGUUUAUCAAAUCUCAUGAGAACGUCCUGGUCAUGUACUUCGCGCCAUGGUGUGGCCAUUGUAACGAGAUGAAGCCAAACUACUAUAAAGCUGCACAAGUUUUACACGAUGAAGACGCUAACUGCAACCUUGCUGCCGUGGACUGCACGAAACACAAGGACGUCGCCAAGAAGGUUGCUCUCGCUGGCUAUCCAACUGUCAAGUUGUACAAGAAUGGAAAAGUUGCUAAGGAGUACGAAGGCGACAGAAGCGAGAAGGAUCUGGUUCUGUUUAUGAGAACAGCGUCAAAUACAGCAAAAGCAGCGUCAGCUGAAGAGGACUCGUCCCUUGUCAAACAACUCGAUGGCUCGGACUUUUGGGGGUACCUUAACAAUACGGAGCACGUCCUUGUCAUGUUUUACGCACCAUGGUGUGGGCAUUGCAAGAAUGCCAAGCCAAAGUACGAGAAAGCAGCCGAAACAUUCAAAGACCAACCAAACAGAGUUUUUGCGAAACUCGAUUGCACAAAAUUUGGCGAUGUCUGCGACAAGGAGGAAGUGAACGGCUACCCCACCCUACGCUACUACCUGUACGGCAAGUUCGUAGUGGAGUACGACGGAGAUAGGGUGACGGAAGACUUGAUAUCAUUCAUGGAGGAGCCACCACUACCUCUUUCAGACAUCCCCAAAGAUCAACAAGAAAAAAACAAGCAAGAGUUAUAAUAUAAAUUUUCCGGCACUAAACAAAACACAAACAAUUAAGUCAAAAGAUUUAGGAUAAUAGAAUUCGGUGAAAGGAGAAUGUUCCUUCUGUAUUAUGUGAAGACUGUGAAAUGCAGUUACUGGUGGGACUAGGCUUUUUCAUGGUCUAAAAGACUAUAGUUCAGCUUUAAUGUACACCGAGUUGCGUUACUGUUACUCAUGUCUUGCCCUGGCUUUCAUUGUGAUGAUUGAUGAAGUGUCCAUAGCGUCGCGUGACAGGGUAAUUGGCCGACUUCUCCAGGCCAUUCUCGUUACCAUAUUCGCAUUCCAAAUUUUACAGAUUACAGUAUUAUAGUUAAUAUUUGAAAGUUUAUAUCACUUAAAGAUUAAUUACAUUUUUGCUCUUUGUUUGUA